AUGGAGGAUGUAAAAGACCCGCCGACCGUCCACCGGUCCUCCUCCUUCAGCAUCAAGAGCCUCCUGCUGCCCUCCAAGUGCGACCGACCGGACUCCGUCGCUGCCGCCGCCGCCGCCGCGAUCGUCGGCAUCCCGGGGACCCUGUCGCCCUCACCGGGCUCCGACUCUGACAAGUCGCUGGACCCGCCGGAGGUGGACUCCACAGCCGCGGCGCUGGACCCGGAGAAACCGGGCAAGGAGGAGCAGGGGGAAGAGGAGGAGGAGGACGGAGGGGGAGGCGGAGGAGGGGACGGCGCCAAGGCAGCACCGGAGCAGAACACUAACGGUGGCAACAGCGGCAAAAACGGGAAAUAUGACAAGCCUCCGUUCAGCUACAACGCGCUGAUCAUGAUGGCCAUCCGGCAGAGCCCCGAGAAGCGGCUCACGCUCAACGGCAUCUACGAGUUCAUCAUGAAGAACUUCCCGUACUACCGGGAGCACAAGCAGGGCUGGCAGAACUCCAUCCGGCACAACCUCAGCCUCAAUAAGUGCUUCGUUAAGGUGCCCCGGCACUACGACGACCCGGGGAAGGGCAACUACUGGAUGCUGGACCCGAGCAGCGACGACGUUUUCAUCGGCGGGACUACCGGGAAGCUGCGCCGGCGCUCCGCCACCUCCCGGGGAAAGCUGGCGAUGAAGCGCGGGCUGCGCUUCGCUCCUCUCGGCCUGGGGAUUAACGAGCGGGCCAACAACCCGCUCUACUGGCAGAUCUCUCCCUUCCUCUCCCUGCACCACCACCACCACCACCACCCGCACUACAACGGAUCCUCUCCCGGCUUCCUGAACCAGGCGGCCGGCUACGGCUCGCUGCUGCCCGCCGUGGAGCAGCUGAGCAACGGGGACCUGGGGCGCUCCAUCCUCGGCGGGUCAGCCGCCGGGGCGCUGGGCUUGACGAACAGUUACGGGAUGAGCACGUCGCCGGUCGGGCUGCUGUCCGGACAGACUGCCGGCUAUUUUGUCUCAGGGACCCAACACGCUCAGGGCGCGCCGGGGUUCGGCGGCCUGGCGACCAGCAGCUCGCCGCAGUCGCUGCUCUCGGACUCGCUCAGAAACAGCUCCCUACCGGCCUUCUCCCCGGGCGUGUCCGCGGGGUUCCCCGGGGUGCUGUCCCAUCAAAAGAGGGUGACCCCUAACGCGUUCCUAAACUGA